UGAGUGCGGGCUGUCAGCUGAGGGCGGGGAGGAGGCGGCGGCGGACAUUUUGUGUGAGGAGCGGCGAGAGGUGGCCGGCGGGGCGGUAUUACGCUGAGCUGUGAAGAUCUGUUGGGUCUUCGCUUCAAUCUUGUGCGACUGUGCUGAGUUGCUUAAUUGCAAGCAGAGCAGAAUUGUGAGCAUUACAAUUUGGCCUAGAAAAAAUCAACAUGGGAAGAGAGGAGUAACCAGCAUUGCAUAAUGAUUGGUGGCUUAUUCAUUUACAACCACAAGGGAGAAGUUCUCAUCUCCCGGGUCUACAGAGAUGACAUUGGGCGGAAUGCAGUUGAUGCCUUCCGCGUCAAUGUCAUCCACGCUAGGCAACAGGUGCGCUCUCCGGUGACGAACAUCGCCCGCACCAGCUUCUUCCACGUGAAGCGUUCCAAUAUCUGGCUCGCUGCUGUCACCAAGCAGAAUGUCAACGCCGCCAUGGUGUUUGAGUUCCUCUACAAGAUGUGCGACGUCAUGACUUCCUACUUUGGGAAGAUCAGCGAGGAGAAUAUCAAGAACAAUUUUGUCCUCAUCUACGAGCUUCUGGACGAAAUCCUGGAUUUUGGCUACCCACAGAACUCUGAGACUGGGGCACUGAAAACAUUCAUCACACAGCAAGGAAUUAAAAGCCAGCACCAGACCAAGGAGGAACAAUCGCAGAUCACAAGUCAAGUAACUGGACAGAUUGGAUGGCGACGUGAAGGGAUUAAAUACCGUCGUAACGAGCUCUUCUUGGAUGUGCUGGAGAGCGUCAAUUUACUGAUGUCACCUCAAGGUCAGGUGCUCAGUGCACAUGUCUCAGGCCGGGUGGUGAUGAAGAGUUAUCUGAGUGGGAUGCCGGAGUGCAAGUUUGGGAUGAAUGACAAGAUUGUGAUCGAGAAACAAGGCAAAGGAACAGCCGACGAGACAGCCAAAAGUGGAAAACAAUCUAUAGCGAUCGAUGACUGCACUUUCCAUCAAUGCGUGCGGCUCAGCAAGUUUGAGUCUGAGAGGAGCAUCAGCUUCAUUCCCCCCGAUGGAGAGUACGAGCUCAUGAGGUACCGAACCACUAAAGACAUCAUCCUGCCCUUUCGUGUAAUCCCUUUGGUCAGGGAAGUGGGACGCACUAAACUGGAAGUGAAAGUUGUGAUUAAAUCAAACUUCAAGCCCUCGCUGCUGGCUCAGAAGAUAGAGGUGCGUAUUCCGACCCCGCUCAAUACCAGUGGGGUGCAGGUCAUCUGUAUGAAGGGAAAAGCCAAGUACAAGGCCAGUGAAAACGCCAUUGUGUGGAAAAUUAAGCGAAUGGCGGGAAUGAAGGAGUCUCAGAUUAGUGCGGAGAUCGAGCUUUUACCUACUAAUGAUAAAAAGAAAUGGGCUCGUCCGCCCAUCUCUAUGAACUUUGAGGUCCCAUUUGCUCCGUCCGGACUGAAGGUGCGUUAUCUGAAGGUCUUUGAGCCCAAGCUGAACUACAGCGACCAUGAUGUGAUAAAAUGGGUCAGGUACAUUGGCCGGAGCGGGAUUUACGAGACCAGGUGCUGAGACCGCCCAGCUGGCCCUGUGAUACCCAUCGAAACACAUCAGACUCGCUCUCCGUUGUUGGCAAACUACACCUUGCACUUCAUGUUGCCAGAAGCCGGUGGCAGCUGUGCCCAUCAGACUGCUGCACAUACCAGCAGAGGGGAGCUGGGCAACACAAGAUCCUGUUCUUUUGCCCUCCUUUUCAGUUGGUUUUAUUGUACUCCCUUUAGAUGAUGCCCUAUGUUCAAAAGCAGCUCCUAUUAUAUGUCUACAUUACAUUCAGCUGAUCUCCAAUGUAUUUUCCGACUAUGUACACGUAUUGUAGUCCCAUAGAAGAUAGAAUGUAACUGGACUUGCCCGCUAGAGAUUGAACUAAUGUAUACCGAUAGCAAUGUUGUCAUGAGUGUUCUGUGCAAUCAGAGGCCUGAUAAGGCGCUCGGGUCCUUCCUCUGAGCUGUGGUUCAGUUUGCUACAGUGGAUUUUUUUGUGACCAAAAGAAAUUACUCGUCAGUGUUUUUUUUAAGAAAAAAAAGAGGAAAAAGAAUAUAUAAAUGUGCUUUUUGUGGUGUGUGUGUGUGCAGAUAGCCGGUCACUGGCUGGCCUUUGUUUUUUAAACAAGCCGUCAUAUUAAACGGCAGAGGGGGAGGGGGGGGUCACUGGGUGGAUAAUUGAUAGACGCCCACACAGACUUCAUAAAUAUCUUAAGUACUUGUGAGGGGAGGGGAAGGAGGAAACUGUUGGUGGCAGGGAUUGGUGAUGUGAGGAUACAGAUCUGUGAGGGUGGUGGGUUGCGUGGGGCGGGCCUUACUUUAUUCCCUUCUCCCCAUACCUAAGAGCAAGCAAUGCGUGUUCCUCGCUAAACCCCACCCCCACCACUGCGGUGGGUCAGAGCCAUCAUCAGGAGAAGGAAAUAACCAAACUACGAGCCAGGCUAGCACAACUGUUGUCGAGGAUGGAUUUUGCUCAAGAUCUCGUGACCGAGUGAUGCAUUUUAAGGCCUUUUUAAUUCCAUGUUAAGGUUUGGUGGAUCUGGUUUCCCUAGAUGUGCACAUAACUCUUAAGGCAUGAAAGUGGAGUGUUUCUGCGUGCCCCCGCAGGCCUGUGUUCUGUGAGUCUGUGAUCAUGGCAAUAGGGCAGUCAGUGACCGGUUCCUGCACCAGUUUAGAGAAGAUAAAAGGCUUUCUGAAGGAUGAACCUGGUGGGUAGGGAGGGAGGAGCAGGAGUUGGGAAGAGAUUCUGACCUGUAAAUCCUUUGCUUGAUAGUGUAAUCUCUUUGGUAACUUUGUGAUCGUCCAGUUAAUCCUAAUAAACCAUUAAGAACCUG